AUGCUUUCCCUGCUCAGUUUUCUGCUUUGCUUUCUUUGCGUUUCCGUUCACGGAUGGUUGAUUUCUGGGCAGAACAGCGCCCCAACAGCGACUACCAAGAAUGGCAGCUAUGUGGGCCUCUUCAACCCAACGUAUAAUCAGGACCUUUUCUUAGGUAUCCCCUUCGCCCAACCUCCAGUGGGUGACCUUCGAUUUCGAAACCCAGUGUCUCUCAAUACCACAUGGGAAGGCGCGAGGAGUGCAACCCAGUAUUCGGCCGAGUGUUAUGGUUAUGGCAGCGAUGACUGGGUUCUCGGAAACCCAGUGUCGGAAGAUUGCCUGACCUUGAACGUCAUCCGGCCUUCUGGCGUCGCUGCCGACGUGCAACUGCCGGUGGCAGUCUGGAUCUACGGCGGUGGAUAUUUCAAUGGCGGCAGCCUAGAUCCUCGCUAUAAUAUGAGUGCCAUCAUCCAGGAAUCUGUGGACAUGGGAAAGCCCUUCAUUGGCGUGAGCAUGAACUAUCGUCUGCAUGCUUUUGGGUUUUCAUUUGGCACGGAGAUCCUCAAGGCAGGGGUGACGAACAUUGGCACUCGUGACCAGCGUCUAGCGCUCCAUUGGGUUCAGGAGAACAUCGAAGCAUUCGGUGGGGACCCCUCUAAGGUAACUAUCUGGGGCGAAAGUGCGGGCGCCAGCAGCGUGGCGGUGCAGAUACUUGCCUAUGGAGGACGAGACGACAAGCUCUUCCGCGCGGGCAUAGAGGAGAGCGGAGGCUCCGUCAGUUUCUCACGGUAUCUGAACGCAUCGGAGUGGGAUCUAUACUACAACAAUAUCACGCGUGCCACCAACUGCAGUUCCGCCCCCGACACAUUGGCGUGCUUGCGUCAGGUCCCAAUCGAGACUCUGAGCGCCGUCUUCAACAGCAGCGCCACGGCUCAGGUUCCUGGGUGGGGCCCGCACAUUGACAACGACCUGCUUCUAGAAUCCGGGGUAAAGCAGCUUCGGGAGGGCAAGUUUGUGAAAGUCCCUCUGCUGCACGGAACGAAUUUCGAUGAAGGUACAGCAUUUGGGGCACGGGGCAUCAAUACAACAGAGCAGUUUAUUGCCAUUGUCAUGGAGAAUGGCCCUGAUAAUGCCACUGCUCAGACCAUCGCCGCACUAUAUCCUGAUAUUCCCGCCAUAGGGAUUCCUGCCACCCUCCAUGGCCGCCCGCCGCCCUCUCAGGCCGCUCUAGGCGCUCAGUAUAAACGAGCGGCCGCAUACGGGGGUGACCUGAUGCAACAGGCCCCGCGCCGAUUCACUUCCCAGUCCUGGGCCUCGAACAAUGUUAGCAGUUGGAGCUACCAUUUCAACGUGCUGGUGAACGGAGUGCCGGUGGAGCUUGGAGCGACACAUUUUCAAGAAGUCGCUUUUGUCUAUAACAAUGUCCAGGGCCUGGGAUAUGACACGGCAGUCGGGGUCAACCCAUUUGCGAAUGAGCCUGAGAGUUAUAACAGAUUGGCGAAUAUCAUGAGCCGGAUGUGGGUGAGCUUUAUCGUGGACAGUGACCCGAACGGAAAUAAUGCCACCAGCGUCCAUUGGCCCGUGUACACACUCGAUUCGCCGCAAAACGUUGUGUUCGACACCAAUGUCACGGAUUUGCUGUAUGUCGAACCGGAUUACUACCGCGCCGAGGGGAUCCAGUAUAUCAUAGACAGAUUCAUUUCUGUCUAUUAUCGAUGA